AAUAUUAUGUUAGUGCUGCGCCUUCUUUUACUUUAUAUGGAGCAAAAGUUUCCUUGGAAUAUUUAUUUUCGACAAUUAAAGAUCUUUUCGUGAAAUACCAUGCAAACUUGACUAACAGUUUAACAAUAUAAGUGACUUUAUCUGAAUCCCAUAUGAUCUUUAUUGGUCUACGAAUUUAAGUUUGGAUAAAUAAAUAUUCUCCAAUUCCAGAUAAAAUGGCUAUUGAAAGACAAAAACUAAUUAUAAAGUGCAGUGAAAUGUUUAAGGUUUUCAUUAAAAAUUUAUAACUAAUUAUAAACAGAACAAUAAAUAAAAUAUACCAACAUUGCAUCCACAAGCUGCAAAUCGCAAAAUGUCAACAAGUUGGAAAAAUCAAUUUAUGUGGAAGGCCGCUAACAUGUGGCUGAUAUAUCACAUCAUUGUUGUGCUCAGCUUGACAACAAUGAUUGUCCUGCAGUCAGCACAUGUCAAAGGUGUAGCAGCGGGGGGUUUACCCAUGCCCAGUUCGGCGAACAAUGUGGAAACGGAAGAUCCCGAGUUCACCGAUGUCAUUGAUAAUAUCACAGUACCUGCCGGCAGAAAUAUUAAACUAGCCUGUUCUGUUAAAAAUCUAGGCUCAUAUAAGGUGGCGUGGAUGCAUUUCGAGCAGAGUGCCAUACUAACGGUACAUAAUCAUGUAAUUACACGUAAUCCCCGCAUUAGUGUCACACAUGAUAAACAUGACAAACAUCGGACAUGGUUCCUGCACAUCAACAAUGUCCAGGAGGAGGAUCGGGGAAGGUAUAUGUGCCAAAUAAAUACGGUGACGGCCAAAACACAAUAUGGCUUUGUGAAGGUUGUUGUUCCUCCCAAUAUCGAUGAUGCAUUAACCUCAAGUGAUGUCAUAGUGAGAGAAGGUGAUAAUGUGACAUUACGGUGUAAAGCGAAAGGUAGUCCAGAGCCGUCGAUACGAUGGAAAAGGGAUGAUGGCUUGAAAAUUGUACUGAACAAAUCAAUGGAAGUUACGGAAGUUGAUGGUGAAUCACUGGAAUUGGAACGUAUCUCACGUCUUCAUAUGGGCGCUUACUUGUGUAUAGCAACAAAUGGUGUGCCUCCUAGUGUAUCGAAGCGAAUAAAAGUCAGUGUUGAUUUCUCACCCAUGGUGUGGAUUCCCCAUCAAUUAGUUGGCAUUCCAAUGUACUUCAAUAUAACGCUGGAGUGUUUCAUUGAAGCCAACCCGACGUCACUAAAUUACUGGACAAGAGAAAAUGAUCAAAUGAUCACGGAUUCACUAAAGUAUAAAACUGAAACAAUUCCCGGCAAUCCUUCAUAUAAGGCAACAAUGCGUUUACACAUAACAAAUGUACAAAGAAGUGAUUAUGGCAGCUACAAGUGCGUCGCCAAAAAUCCUCGUGGCGAAAUGGAUGGAACCAUAAAACUUUACAUGUCCAGUCCUCCAACCACACUGCCGCCACCAACAACAACAACUUUGGCCACUACCACAACAACGUACAGCAAUGAAUUGGAUAUGCACAUCAAUGGCAUUGAGCCAACAAAUUCGGUGAUUGUCAUCGAUAAAUUGGGUAUUAAAUAUCAAUCAAAUUUAAAUGAAAUUGGAAAAUCUGAACAAAAACUGAUGGGUGACACACCAAAGGGUUACGAUUGGUCAAAGGACAAACAAUCGUCGGCCACAAGCUUAACGAGCCUGCUUGUGUGGCAUUCAAAGGCGGGCAGCAGGCAUGGUUUGUCACCAUGGCCGCAUCAUCAUCAUCAUUUGUAUGGCAGUUGCGGCGGUAUGACACUGUUGCUGAUGCUGAGAUUCAUGUGGUCCCAUAUGGAAACGUAAGUUUUAUAGAAUUAAAACAACAA